AACACAGUAGGUGGCGGUAGGCGCAUUUGCAUCGCGGUGUAGCUACCAUAGAAAUGCGAAGUUACCGACAAUGAAAUGAGUCUACGUCUCGAUUAUGUUGUUCAGGGUGGCAAUAACUGUAUUGAAUUGCUUUUAUAUUUAAACGGUGGCAUAUCUCUUGGUAGUUAACGAGGAUUCCAACACGUUUCUACUACGAUACGACCAAUCAUAUGUGGUCUGCUCGGUGUUGGUACUGUUCAAACGGAUUGUAAAUUAACGAUUAUGGUGGAAAACUCCCCUUCCCCGCUACCAGAGAGGGCCAUUUACGGAUUUGUUCUCUUCCUCGGCUCUCAGUUUGGUUUUUGUCUGUAUUUAGUGUGGGCGUAUGUUCCAGAAUCUUGGCUACAUUCAAUUGGGCUGACCUACUGGCCUCAAAAGUACUGGGCACUUGCUGUGCCAAUCUAUCUCCUGGUAGCCAUAACCAUAUGCUUCAUCCUUCUGUUUGGAGUGAAUAUGAUGAACACUGCUCCCCUCUGCUCUGUGGACACUGUUACAGAUGGGUAUGCCCGAAGCCAGCAGGUGGAGCGCUGUCAAAAGGAGGCGAUACCCAGGUUAAAAGACAUCUCCAUUAGUGAAGUGAAUAGAAUUUUUUAUCUGUCGCCUCAAGAAUAUAAUUGACCAAAAUAGUGAAAGUAUUUUUUAUUAUAUUUUUAUAAACCCAAAGCAUGAUUGUUGGCCUCUACCAUGCAGGCAUCUGUGUCUGUUUUGGUGGGACAGCUAGCAUGUGGAUCUUCUGAAUUUUUUUGUAGCCAGUCAAUCACUCUUUGUUCUACAAUCCAUAACUUGCCAAUAACUAAGCCAAUAAUUUAGCAUAACUUGUGCUGGCUGAUCCCAGGCACCCAUCUGACCCAUUAAUGGCAUUUGGCAGAGGCUCUUAUCCAGAGCAACGUACAGUUGAUUAGACUAAGCAGGAGACAAUCCUCCCCUGGAGCAGUGCAGGGUUAAGGGCCUUGCUCAAGGGCCCAACGGCUGUGCGGAUCUUAUUAUGGCUACACCGGGAUUAGAACCACCGACCUUGCGUGUCCCAGUCAUUUACCUUAACCUCUGCUACUAAUUCAGGAGACCACAUGUCCUCUCCUCUGAUGCGUGCGAUUAGUCACUGCUUCUUUUCAUCUGGUAGUUGGUAAGUUGGGCUUGCACAGACAUGAGUCAGAGGUAGAAGUUUAAUGUACGGCAUAAGACUUAUUGGUGGCCGAUCAAUGAACAAGGGUUGCGUGUUUGCAAUGAGAUGCUGUCAUACCAGCCUACUGAAACCCAUCCAUGUCUGGGAGACACUAGAGCCAAUUCUGUGUUGUGUGCCAAGCUGAUGCAUUAGAACAGGAUGCCACCAGCAGCCCUAAAUGCACAUAUUUCCUUGAUAUACUUCCUUGAAAUAUAAAUAUUAGUGAGAAGCCAGAAAAUAAUCACGUGUUAUGAUCCUGUGUUCCUGAACAAAUGUUUGUGACAUUUGUUCUUAUCUUAAUAUAUUUUCAAUUGUGAUAAACUGUAACUGAAUAAAUUGUCAUGUAAAGUU